AUUUGUUUGCACAUGGAGAAAAUGUAGGCUAACUUGAUCACGAUGAACUCGUCUUUGGUUUGUUAAUCUUGGAGAUCCUAGUUACGAAAAGUAACACAGGUGACAUAAUUUCAUAUGGAGACAGUUGAAACAGGACGAUCGUUGUCACAGUCUAGUGGGAACGGAUCUGUGUGGAGCAUAUUCUAUUCAAAUACAGCCGAGUUGUUUCAACUUGAAUGGUUCCACAGCGUGAAGUGUACAAUAUAGUGUUUGUAAUGAUAACUCGCAUUAACAUUGAAUUCCAGACAUCAACUGUUAAAGUUCCAUAAUCGAUUUCUACAAGAAUAAUUACAUAUUCUGAACGUUCUACGAUAACUGUGAUUUGUGAUAAUAGAAAUUUUAUCUGGAAGAUCCACGAUAACUGCUUUUUUCGAGAACAUGUGUACAUGGUUAAAGUCCCACGAUCAUUGCCUCCUACAAGAAUAAUGUCCUUCUCUGGAAGGUCUUUGAUGACUUCUUUCUACUGGAAAAAUUAUCGAUUGUUAAAAUUCCACGAUAACUUCUACAGAAAUAAUUCUCAUCUGAAAGUUUCACGAUACUGCUUUCUACACGAACAGUCUUUCAAGGUUCAUGUUCUAUAGUAACUGAUUUCCUCCUACAAUUGUACUGUUAUGGACUACAAUAAUUAAGGUACCCGGGGACUAACUGGUGGUCGUACCAUUAUUACUGCUUCUAUAAGACUAUUAUAAUAAUGUGAAAAUACUUUGAUGCCUGGUUUCUUCAGACCUAGCUCAUCCAUCUAGCUGUUUGACACUCUAAGCAACAAAAACGUCGAGUCUAGUUCGAACUCAAAGAAGAUAUUUUUGUUUAAUUGUUUGCAAAGAAAAUGCCCAGUCCAAGAAACGUCAAUACGUCACUUCCUGUCAUCUUGGAUAAACCAUCUAGAAAUGAAGUGGGAAAAUACCCUCAUAGUAAACAUGGGCAUCUCCGAGAUAAGAAAACAUCAACAAUAUUCGACAGUGACAUGCCUCAACUGCGACAUAUAUUCCAAACUGAUGUUUCCACAAUCAAAGCUGGACUCUUACCAGAAGCACCGCUUCGUCGGGAUGAGGAGAUUGUGAAAGUGGCCCGACCCAGAACGUGCAUGCCUGACAUAACGACAGACUGUGGACUAACGUCAAGCAACAAGUUGGCAAAUUCAGCGCACACUGACAGAACUCUACCAGAGGCUGUUAGUGUGAAGUGUCUUCCUGAACCGACCGCCACGCAGGACAAUGUAGAUUCUCCAUGGCGGGAGAAAAGUCACGCUGCUUCGCCGGUACGUACGAGAAGAGGCAGAAGGUGUAAUUAUAGUAAAUCUGACUUGGAAAAGCUCGCAUACGGGGUGACCUCGUUAAAAACUAACGACGAUUACGUGACCUUAGAUUCACGGUGGGAACACACCAGAGAAAUUUCGCCAAGACGAAGCAGAACGCAUAAUAAACCUGAUUUAGAAAAGCCCACACACGGCGUGGCAACGCAGCAAAAUAAGGACAACGAACUGGACUUAGAUUCCCCACGGCGCGAACAAACCAGGGAGAUUUCGCCCGCGCGAGCAAGAAGAAGCAGGACGCAUAGCAAAUCCGAUUUGGAGAAGUUGGCACAUGGAAUGACCAUGCAGCAAACGAACGAGAACGACGUGAUCGUCACCAGACGAUCGGCACAGUUUACAGAACGCAACAACAGCGAGAGGAAGAGGAAGAGUGGCACGUCGAAGACUAAAGGUUACCCUAGACUGACCCGGGAAGUCCUGUCGUCAAACUUUAUAACCCCGGUGUCGCGCUAUUCCAGGAUCUUCAACUGGCUGGCUGACUGCAAUGAAAAAUGUGUUACUGCAACUGUUCCGGGCCAUCUUCCCGAUAUUAGUUUAACAUCCAAACAAAAACAUUCGGCACUUUAACGUUGAUAUUUUUAAAAUGCUGGUCAAAUAUUUCGAUGGGCAUCAGAGGUGGAUUCAUAAUUAGUAUGGAUCCAAACGAUCUCCGUUACCCAUUUAGGCUAUAGUCUGUAUUGAACCAUUAAUUUUAGUCCGUACUCAAAGAUUAACUUUUGAAGGAAAGUGCUCUCCAAAUGUACAAACUGCCAUUUGUGUGAUACAUGUAUAAGGAAUCUUAGAAACAGCACUUUAUUCAAAUAGUACUGUUACCACUGUUACUGCAGGCCCGUAGGAGCUCGGGGGGGGGGGGGGGGGGGGAUAGGGGGGUGCUCAGCCCCUCCACUGUUUUCGCCAGUUUUUAUUUCGGGACUUUAAAUGUCUCAGGUAAUAAGCCGAAAACACGCCAGAAUCGCUAUGAAGGGGUUAAUAUUUUUAAAUUUUCCUUAUGGUGCUUUGGGUCUUCGCAUUUUAUACAACCAUACAAAUGACCCCCCCCCCCCCCCCCC